GGGGCGCUAUUUCAGCCGCUCCCCGGGCCGCGGGCGCGCUGAGCGUCCGGGUCUCAUUAUGUGGCGCGUGCCCCGCCAGCUGUGUGCGCACCUCUUGAGGGGAAGCAAGCUCUCGGACGCUUGGAACAGGCCUGCCGCCUUCAUGUCCACUUUGCUCAUCAAUCAGGCCCAGUACGCUUGGCUGAAGGAGCUGGGGCUCCGCGAGGAAAACGAGGGCGUGUAUAAUGGAAGUUGGGGAGGCCGGGGAGAGGUUAUCACGACUUAUUGUCCUGCUAACAAUGAACCAAUAGCAAGAGUCCGACAGGCCAGCGUGGCUGACUAUGAAGAAACUGUGAAGAAAGCAAGGGAAGCCUGGAGAAUCUGGGCAGAGGUUCCUGCUCCGAAGAGAGGAGAAGUAGUGAGACAGAUUGGGGAUGCCUUGCGGGAGAAGAUCCAAGUACUAGGAAGUUUGGUGUCUUUGGAGAUGGGGAAAAUCUUAGUGGAAGGUGUAGGAGAAGUUCAAGAGUACGUGGAUAUUUGUGAUUAUGCUGUUGGCUUAUCACGGAUGAUUGGGGGACCCAUCUUGCCUUCUGAAAGACCUGGCCAUGCCCUCAUUGAACAGUGGAAUCCUGUAGGCCUGGUUGGCAUCAUCACUGCGUUCAACUUCCCUGUGGCAGUGUAUGGCUGGAACAAUGCCAUUGCCAUGAUCUGUGGGAAUGUCUGCCUUUGGAAAGGAGCUCCAACAACUUCCCUCAUUAGUGUAGCUGUCACAAAGAUAAUAGCCAAGGUUCUAGAAGACAACAAACUGCCUGGUGCUAUUUGUUCCUUGACCUGUGGUGGAGCAGAUAUAGGCACUGCAAUGGCCAAAGAUGAACGGGUGAACCUGCUGUCCUUCACCGGGAGCACACAGGUGGGAAAACAGGUGGCCCUUAUGGUGCAGGAGAGAUUUGGGAGAAGUUUGUUAGAACUUGGAGGAAACAAUGCCAUCAUUGCUUUUGAGGAUGCAGACCUCAGCUUGGUCGUUCCGUCGGCUCUCUUCGCAGCCGUGGGGACAGCGGGCCAGAGAUGUACCACUGCGCGCCGCCUGUUUUUACAUGAGAGCAUCCAUGAUGAAGUUGUAAAUAGACUUAAAAAGGCCUAUGCACAGAUCCGUGUGGGGAACCCUUGGGACUCUAAUGUCCUGUACGGGCCACUCCACACCAAACAGUCAGUGAGCAUGUUUCUUGGAGCAGUGGAGGAAGCAAAGAAAGAAGGUGGCACUGUGGUCUAUGGUGGCAAGGUUAUGGAUCGUCCUGGAAAUUAUGUAGAACCAACCAUUGUGACAGGUCUGGCCCACGAUGCGUCCAUUGCCCACACAGAAACGUUUGCUCCGAUCCUUUAUGUCUUUAAAUUCAAGAGUGAAGAAGAAGUCUUUGCAUGGAAUAAUGAAGUAAAACAGGGACUUUCAAGUAGCAUCUUUACCAAGGAUUUGGGCAGAAUCUUCCGCUGGCUUGGACCGAAAGGAUCAGACUGUGGCAUUGUAAACGUCAAUAUCCCAACGAGUGGGGCCGAAAUUGGAGGUGCAUUUGGAGGAGAAAAGCACACUGGGGGUGGCCGCGAGUCUGGUAGUGAUGCCUGGAAACAGUACAUGAGAAGAUCCACUUGCACCAUCAACUACAGUAAGGACCUUCCUCUAGCUCAAGGAAUCAAGUUUCAGUAAAGGUGACAGUAAAUUGGCGUUACAUCACAGCUCACAGGCAUUCUCGCAACUCUUUCUUCUGAAGACAAAGAAAAAUUAAGAUUUGCCCUGAAUAAAUAAAUGCGUUAUUUUGAA